AUGACGUACGUAAAUCCGUCUUUCAUCGAAGAAAUCGAACGUAUUGAGAAAGAUUGUUUCAACUAUCCAUCUUUAGAGAAUAAUGGCGACCUGAGUGAUGGCGGUGACAGAAUAGUUGAGGAUGACGCGGUAAAAGCUAAACAGACAAGGAUAGGUAAAGGAAGGAGAAGAUGUGAAUGGGAAGGAGAGGUCCAUCCGGUUAACAGCAUGGUGGUACAGAGGUUAAGAUUGUCAGCAGAUGGUGGAGAAAAAAGGACAAAACGUGUAUUAGAGGACAAAAAUGUGGGUUGCUCUGAAAAUGAAAAGAUUGUUGUCCCUCAUGAAGAUCAGGUAUUGGUUAAUCUUUCUCCAAUAGGUUUUAGCCUGGGUAUUGGUGAUUCACAACAGGUGUUUGUUGAAGACGGAGGAGGAAUUCCGUUGAUCGCCGGGGAGAAGUGUAUUGGGAAGGACAGAAAUGGCAGCACUCUUGUGGAGGACGAAGAUAACAUGACAAAUGUCCCUUUGUCAUGGGCUGGCGAGAGCUUUUGGGACGAAGUUAUAGCCAUAGAAAAGACUAUGGAUGAGAAAGUAGGUGAGGGGAAUGGGGCUGGAAAUAACAUGGAUUCUGCAGAAAUGGAGUCGGAGGACUACGACUUUGACUUGAUGGGUGACCUUAUUGAGAGAAAAUAUCCAAAAGAUUGGGAUCCACUAAAAGUAGGUCUUGGGUUGGAGGUUGGAUCGACUUCUGGGAAGGAUAUCAGUGAAACAGUUAAUGUAGACGUGGAUUCUGGGUACGCAAAAGAUGGUGCUCGGUGGACUAUGCCCAAAAAAUGA